GUCAAUAACACCUGUGCUGCCAGCCAAUACAGAAAUCUGAACACAUUUCUUGUGCAGCGAGUCACUACGGACGAAAAUAAGUUUUGCUCUGAUGAAGAUAUGACGGAGAUAUUUAUCAUCAUGGUUGGCCUCAUAUUCUGCCCACCGAAGCUGGACGCAGCUAAAUGGUACCCCAAAAGCCUGAAGUGUGAUGUUUCUCUGGCUAGAAACGGGAGUGAGGUCAGCGUUGACUGCACUGAGCGAGGCUUAACCGAAGUUCCAUUAGGAAUUCCCAUGAAUACCACUAACCUGACCCUAACUAUCAACCACAUACCACACAUCAUGAAUAGCUCGUUUCACAACCUGGACAACAUCACUGAAAUUGACCUGCGUUGCAACUGCGUACCAAUCAAGGUUGGUCCCAAAGAUCGCGUCUGCACACAGAGUUUGACGAUUGACAACGGCACCUUCUGGAAGAUGAAGAACCUGAAAUCCCUUUACCUAGAUGGUAACCAGCUGUCUCGCAUACCUAAGGGCCUUCCUCCUAACCUAGUGCUCUUGAGUCUUGAGGUCAAUAGUAUUUUUUCGGUCCUUAAGGAGAACCUGACGGAACUGAGGAAUAUAGAGAUGCUGUACCUUGGCCAAAAUUGCUACUUCAGAAACCCGUGCAACACGUCGUAUUACAUUGAAGAGGAUGCAUUUUUGCAGCUUGACAAAAUGACUUUGCUUUCUCUGAAGUCUAACAAUUUGUCCUACGUUCCACGCAGGCUACCUUCCAGCCUUAAAGAGUUGUACCUGUACAACAACAAUAUUCAGAUGAUUUCGGGGAAGGAUUUCCACAACCUGACGGAGCUAGAGAUACUCGACCUAAGUGGGAAUUGUCCACGCUGCUAUAACGCGCCUUUCCCAUGCAAUCCAUGCCCAAAUAAUGCCCCACUUCAGAUACAUGAGAACUCCUUCAAGUCUUUGAAGAAUCUUAAAACUCUUCGGCUUCAUAGUAACUCUCUAACAAACAUACAUUCGGAGUGGUUUCAGAACUUGACAGGGCUUCGUGUUCUAGACCUCUCAAGUAAUUUUUUGGCUAAAGAGAUAACGCACACCAAAUUUCCCCUUUCGUUGCCUAAUCUAAAUGAGUUGGAUCUUUCUUUCAAUUAUGAACUACAGGUCUAUCCAGCAUCUCUCAACCUGUCGAGAUCAUUUGGCUCGCUUAAAUCUCUUCGAGUCCUAAGAAUCAGAGGUUACGUUUUCCAAGAGCUCACACUCCAAGACAUUCAGCCUUUGGCUAAUUUGAGCAAUCUGGAGUUCAUUGAUCUUGGCACAAACUUCAUAAAAAUAGCACAUCUCAGCAUCCUAAAGAACCUGAAAAGCUACAAAAUCAUAAACUUAUCUGACAACAAAAUCUCAUUGCCUUCGGAAGGAGAAUACAAGACUUCUGCAACAAAUAACCACAGAGAAAACCAUUAUAGUUCCCCAAUGUCGCAAGGUGCUCAAUACCACAAUGGAGAAGUGAAGGACAUUCACUAUUUCCUUUAUGAUGAAUAUGCACGAAGCUGCAAAUAUAAGGACAAGGAACGCUGGAUUUCAAGUCCUUUCAACACCGAAUGUAGCGGCUUUGGAAAAACAUUGGAUAUUAGUAGGAAUAAUAUCUUCUUUCUACAUUCCAGAUUCCUCAAUCUCGGUGAACUGAAGUGUUUAAAUCUAUCGGGAAACGCCAUGAGCCAGAGUUUGAACGGUUCAGAGUUUGCUCAGUUGAAGAACUUGCAAUAUCUGGACUUUUCUGACAAUCGUCUGGAUUUAAUGUACUCUUCUGCAUUUCAGGAAUUAAGCAGCCUCGUUGUUCUGGAUAUCAGCCGCAACAGUCAUUACUUUGUAGCCGAGGGUUUAACACACAUGCUAAAUUUUACAAAGAACCUGAAUAAACUAAGCAAACUAAUCAUGAACGAUAAUCAGAUAUCCACAUCGACGAACACCGAAAUGGAAAGUUUUUCUCUGGAACAUUUGGAGUUUAAAGGGAACCGCCUCGAUAUGCUGUGGAGAGACGGAGACACAAGAUACGUCAACUACUUCAAGAAACUUUUAACCUUGAAGAUACUUGACAUUUCUCACAGCAACCUAAACUUCAUUCCGAAAGAAGUUUUCAAAGGCCUUCCAGAGACACUCACAGAAUUGUACAUUGCUAACAACAGAUUAACAUUAUUUGAGUGGGAGGGGCUUGUGUACCUUAAAAACUUGAAGCUCUUGGACCUUAGUGACAAUCUCUUAACAGAAGUUUCUAAAUGCCUGUCUAACAACACAAAAUCUAUUGAAACUCUUAUAUUACGUAAGAAUGACAUUGAACAACUGUCCACUAACUUUCUAAAGGAUGCGUUCAGCCUCAAAGUCCUCGACUUAAGUUACAACCGAAUCCAGUUCAUUGAUCAGUCAAGUUUCCCAGAAAAUGUCAUCGACCACCUCCAAACCCUUUACCUCAACAACAACAACUUUGUGUGCUCCUGCAAUGCCACAUGGUUUGUCCGAUGGAUCAAUCGUACAUCCGUGAAUAUUCCACGCCUUGCCACGGAUGUCAACUGCGCUUCUCCAGGUGCCCAAAGAGGCCAAAGUGUAAUUUUCCUCAACAUUCAGGCCUGUCAACAUAAUUCUCUCUCCAUCGUCCUGUGUAUUUUACUAACCUCUGUGAUUCUCAGCAUCCUUACCCUCACAAUCUCGAGUCAUCUCUUUCUCUGGGAUGUCUGGUAUAUUUACCACUUUUGUCUGGCCAAACUCAAGGGAUACCGCCGGCUGUCGUCCAACAGCACCGUCUAUGAUGCCUUUGUGGUCUACGAUACGAAAGACCCAGCAGUUCAUGAGUGGGUGAUGCAAGAACUUCGCAUUCACCUGGAGGAAAGGGGUGAUCCACGGCUGCAGCUCUGUUUGGAGGAACGGGAUUGGGUUCCUGGUUGUCCCCUCAUUGAGAACCUUUCCCAGAGCAUACAGCUGAGCAAACGCACCGUAUUCAUCCUGACCGGACAAUACAUCGACAGCGGCAACUUCAGGACAGCGUUUUAUUUGGCCCACCAGCGACUCAUGGAUGAGAAGAAGGAUGUAAUUGUCCUGAUCUUCUUGGAGAAGAUGCUUUGUCCCUCCAAAUAUCUCAGAUUGAGAAAGAGGCUGUAUAAGAAAUCUGUUCUAGAGUGGCCCAAGAAUCCUCAAGCGCAGAGGUACUUUUGGUUCAGUCUCAGGACCAUUAUGGCAACAGAGAGUCAACAAUACAACAAACUCUUCCAAGAAUCAUUGUGAAAGCAUGUGUAUCUUUAGACGUAAAGGGAUAGCUCACCAAAACAUAUGACAGGGUGAACAAUUGUUUUAAUUGGGACACAUUCCGUUAUGCAUUAUGAAUUACUGCGAUGAGUCCUGGCACAUUUGAAAACUAUCUUUCUACAUUGGAAAUUAUUCUUUCUUUAUGCAAAUGUAACUUUUAUAGAUUCAGUUUUAUUGAAUUAAAACAGUAAAUGAAAAAAAAUUGCUUGUAAUGACAAUACUCUUUCACACAAGGGUAGCUGACAUGGAAUACUUUUGGGAAGUUGACGUCCUGCGGUGAAACAGCAUUUUGCUAAUUCUUGUAUAAUUAUUAUGCAUUGAGGUUUUGUAUUAAAUAAGUACACUAGAUGAAAUAUUUAUACCUUAAUAAUUAAUCAUUUAUCACACUGCACACUCGUUUAAAAUGAGUUAGUGAAGAUAUACAGGUGUUUAAAUGAGGAUGUUAGGCAGAAUGAUAGCCGCAGUCGCCAUUUACAGUAAUUUCUUUGUACUGUAUGGACAAAAGAUGCAAUUAAAGUAAAUGAUGGCUGAAACUAACAAUUCCUAACAUUGUGUUUUGUGUGGGAGUUUUUUCUUCUCAUCAGAGUUGGAAAAAAAGCCAGCCAUAUUAUUAUGCAUAACACUAUUUCACUUAGCAGGGCAAGAUUAUUCAUAAAUCACAUUUUUAUCAACAUAUGAAUUAAUUUCUACUUGGAAGCAGUCAUUAAUUUUUUGUUUGGCGAAUUGUUUUUUGAUAUAGACAUUAUGGUGCCUGGUCUGAUUAGCUGACAAACGUUUCAAAGUUUUGAUUAAUUUUCUAGAACUGCGCAGAUGAAGUAGUUCCAGAUAUAUUGACCACAGAACAGUUCCAUAUCACUUUUAGUAUAUGGGUGAAACAAUAUCAUAUUCCUCAUAUGUAGCUAUAUUUAAUGUUGACACAUUGAAAGCAUUUCUGAUCAAGUGUCCUAUUAUGCAAUAUUUUUAAAUAUUUUUUAACUGAAAUAAAAGUUUUAUUAUAAUCUUGAAAGACCCUGUUGCAAGGUGGAAACCCCCAUAACAAAAGGGCAUUUUACAUUACAGUGUUACAGUUUUGCAGAUAUUAG